GAAACAAAACGACUAGCAGACGAAACCAGGAAGCCACCAGCAGGAGCUUUCGUCGCAGUCUUGAUUUGUGGGUCUGUUUCCAGUAGCCAAGGAACACAAAAGGACCACCUCUCAAACGUAAAGCAGCCUCAUCAAAUCCGUCAACAAUGGUGAAGAUAUUUGUUGGCAACGUAGCUUCGGCAACCACAGAAGCAGAGCUCCGUGCUUUGUUUGAGCAGCAUGGCACCGUGUCAGACUGUGACAUCUUGAAGAACUAUGGCUUUGUGCACAUGGAUGAGGAGGAUGCCGCCCAGAAGGCUGUCGCUGCCUUGCACAAGCACGUCCUCAACGGCUCUCGCAUCACCGUUGAGUACGCCACCACCAAAGUGCGCAACGCCACCAAGAUCUAUGUGGGCAAUGUGCCUGAGGGUGUCACAGCUGCCAAAAUUAAGGAGCUCUUCCAGCCAUUUGGCAAAGUGGUGGAGUGUGAUAUUGUGAAGAAUUUUGCUUUUGUUCAUAUGCAGAGGGAAAAUGAGGCCUUGGAGGCCAUCAGGGAACUUAAUCAUUCUAAAGUGGAGGGUCAAAAGAUCUUUGUUUCCCUCUCUCGCAGUAACCAAGCCAAAAAUGGCCGAGGGGAGGACUAUCUCCCCCCUCCUCCCCAUCACUAUCCACCCCACCCACACCACCACCCUCACUACCUUCCCCCACGCCCUCCGCCCGGCGACUACUAUGCGCCCCGUGGUCGACUUCCACCUCCUCCUCUCCCUCCACCGCCUCCCCGCGCCUACUAUGAGCGCGAGGCGUAUGAGAGGGGCGUUCGGCCCGACCCAUAUGCCGCUGCCUCCUCGCGUUAUUAUGAGCGGGAUCCCUACGAGCGACGUCUUCCGCCUCCGCAGCGACCGCUUUCUCCUCCUCUCGCCUCUCGCUACUACCGUGAGCGCAGCCCUUUGGGCAGCCGUCGCUCUCUCCUGCCUCCGCCGCCCCCACCACCCUCCUCUGCCGGCUAUGCCCGCAGCUACGCCCGCAGCGGCACAGGCUCCGCACCUCCUCCUCCUCCCUCCUCCGCCUCGUCCUCCCACUAUCAGCGCUAUUCUCUCGGCUCAGGCUUUGAUAAAGAUGAUUACUUGGAGGAUAAAUACAGCAACGGCUUUGGUCGCGGCUACUAAAAUGCACAUUGUUCAAGUCCGAGUCCCCGUUUGGAAUUGUAGUGUACAAGUGAUCUAAGAGGGACAUAUCUGCAGGGAGUUAGGAAAUAUUUUAUGACGGUUGUAGCUAAUUCUGACAACGGGUAGAUACUGUAUACAUUGAUUUAACUAUAAAUUAAAUUCAGCUUAUUGAAGGAUCAUGAAAUACUGAUUUGCAUUUGCAUUUAGACAGAUUUUUAUAGUGUAUUAAAAGAUAGUUGUAGACAUAUCAGCUUUGAAUAUUUUUUUUCCACAUUCAAAAUAGUCGUUUUGUUUUUCUGUCAGGGUUCUUUAAAUAAGUGGUGUGUCUUGCAUGUUUGUCAGUUUAGAUUCUGAAGGAGUGUGAGGGACUGCCUCAGCCUUAGGGCUGAAAAACUAAAGCUUGAGGUACUGUGUAGGCUUCCUCUUAUUAUUGACUUAUGACUAGAUGUGUUCUUGAGAUCUUUAUUUAACUGAAACCCUCCCCACCUUUGCAUUGUUCCUAAAGGGUUUUUGUUUAGUAUUUAGAUGUGGUAUGUUAUUGACAUUUGUCUUGAAGCAUGGCAUAUGACUUGCAUGGUUAAGAAAGAUAAGGCUCUAAUUUGAAGUCAAACAGAAAUCUUACCCUGGCUCCAAAGAUCUUGACACUGUCCUGCGUAGCUAAGGUUAAGGUUGUUUUUAAUUGUAAUUAUUUAUUUAUUUUCUUUUGGAAGUCUGUUAUGGAUGGCUUUGAUAUGGUCUGAGUGAUUCGAAAGGCAUUGUUUGAAAUGAUUUUGCGUGUGAGAGUUGGGAUCAGUGUUAAGAGGAAGAGGGAGGAUGUGGGUAAAUGUGUGGUAGUGGGCGGAGCUGGGCACACACCGACUGAUGAACAAAUCACAUCUUACUGGUCGACCGAGCACGACAUCCACCGGCCGCUCAACACUUGGAAACAACGUCACCUCCUAGGAUAAAGCACCAUCAACUAAAGGAAACUCGGAAAGCAAAUGGCCAUCCGCUGACCGUCUAAAUAAAACAAAACGCUCAGGCUGAUUCUUAGGUUGCUUCUCUGUAUUCCUAGAUAAACUGUGUUUUGCCGGUUAAUCGCUACCGCAGACUGAAAAUCGUAGCCUCUCUUGACUCUCCAGACAUUUAGCGUUACAAUACAAUGGACGUGCUUGUGAUUGAAACCCCAACAUUGUAGCUUGUCCCACUUGUACUAUUGUUGCCUACGGUCUUAUUGUUAAAAUACAAUUCUGCUUAAUAUGUACCUCUUAAAAAUCUCGACUGUUGAUGCGAACCGAUAUCUUUAUAAAUUGUUCCACUCAAAAUCUUUAACGGUUGUUCGAACGUGAGACGAUUUUUGUGCUUGUUUUGGUUACUUAAAAAAUAAAUUUAGUUAUGUGCUAGCAGUCGCUGUCUCCAUCUAGCCGCUUAAAUAAAACAUCGACUGAUCUGACUAACGUAACAUUUUUCAUUUCACUGUUUUUAUUUAUUUUAAAACUUACUUUUUUUGUUGGUUAUUUAUUUUUUACAAAAAGGCAUUUUUUCUGUUGCCUUUCCGCCCACGUUAACACUCGUUUACUGCAAAGGACCUGUUGAAAUCUGGUAAAAAAAAAAAAUUCAAAUAACAGGCUUGUAUGCAGACUUAGCUGCUGAUACCACAGCACAGAGGGUGCUUAGAGUCCAAAAGCAGACCAAAUGUAACUUGUGAGUUCCCAUCACUCAACCCUGCUAUUACUGUGUCCCUGCCCCAAGCCCUGGCCAAGGUUAAUAAAAUAUAAGUAGUCCUGUUAAAUAACUUUGUAGCUGACUGUGUGGCCUCAGAACAUGUAGGUGAGUGAAAUAAACAGGUAAGUAAUGUUGAAAAGCAUUGGUUUUAUCUAAACGUUUGUCUUGCUUUUGUGGAACAUCUACAGUAGUGUGCAACAGUCAGAGACCCUAUUAUUUAUUUAUUUUUUGUUCAAAACAGCCAUUAAGUACAGAAAAAGCAGGAAACACAUUAUCAGAAAAUUACACAAAAGCAUCCAACACAAGUAUAAUAUCAAAUCUUUCAGUAUUUAAUCUGUCCACUCUUUUUAUAUUUGUACACCUACAACCACUAUUCCAUCUUUCUAAUCUUAAAGCCAACCAGUUACAGCUGUGUCCUCCCAACAAAAGCUUUUGUUCAAGGUGUCAUUGGCAUUAUAUUCCCCUUCAAAGAAACACUAAAAUUGACACAAACAACAACCUGAACACACUUUAGCUACCUGCAAAUUUCUCUCUCGUCCAUCUAAAAUGGCUACAUGAGAUUGGAUAUAAUCCACUUGUAUAAGGAAAAGGGAAAUCAAAGAAAUGUAACAGUUUGAAAAAUUGUAAUAAUAAAAAGAUAUAGAUUAAAUAGGAUUCCUGACAACUGUUUCAGACCUGGUAGACCACCAAAACUGUCCCCAUCAGAUAAACAGUACUUAAAGCUUUCAGCUUUGAGAGAGAGCAGAAAAUCAAGCUCCACUCUUAUUUCAGAUCAGAAAAAAUCCACAGGCGUUUCUGUCCAUCCUUCCACUAUGAGAAAACAACUAUGUGCUAUGGGUCUGGAAGGAUGUGUAGUUGUCAAGAAGCCCUUUCUGAGAAAAGAAAAAGAGAUAAGAGAUUGCACUAGAACACCAAAAAUGGACAUCAGCGAUAUAGGUUUUAUGGACUGAUGAAUUUGUAACUGGAAUCACUUGGAUUGUGUGAAGCUGGAAAUGCAACGAACUUCUAACGUUGAAGGUGUAAAAAAUAUCCUUUCUGAUUUCUUUGAAAAAUUGAAAGCAAGUCUCAUGAAAAGAAUGGAAGCCGGAAUAAAUGCAAACUGUGGACAUGCUAAGUUCUGAAAAUAUAUCUAGUUGAAUUUUUUUGUUAAAUAUAUUUAUUUCUGCCUUUUUCCCCCAUAAGUAUUUCCAUAUAAAUACUUACUGGCUGUUUUCACUGGAAGUUAAAUAAAUGAAAGGGUGGUAUCUUGUUUUUUGCACAGUACUGUAUAUGACAAUGCUCUUUUUUAUGUGUUUUUCCCCUCUAAAUUCAUCAUACUAUUGGAGGCAACGAUGUAGAGUGGUUGAAAUAUGGCAGAUACUGUACAACCAUGUCUGGAAUGUGUAUUAUUUUCCUUGUGUCUCUUAAAGCCUCUAGGACAAUGAUUGUCAUGAUUGUCACUUGUGUGAUGAGAUCAUCUAGAAAUACGUGUUUUUCAAGAUUGAGAACACUUUCUGGUUUGUCAGGUGUUGGGGUCCUUUUGUUUCCUCAUGUCAGUGACAAAAAGGCAGCAAAUACCAUAUAAUUCUGUGCAACAACAUUCUACAUUGUUAAUAGACUCUGUCUAGCUGUCUUGAGAAAUACAGUCUCAACUGCCUGACAUUAAAAAAAUCAAGGUGUUGAAAGUUAGAUGUUCAUUCGUAAUUAAUUAAUUACAUUUAUCUGCAGUUCAAACCCAUCACAGGGCAUGUUCAGUAUAUAUAGCAAAUAGUGAGCAGAUUCUCUACAAGGUGAUAAUAGUAAACACUGACACCUACCUUGUACAUGUAAAUUGGCCAGUUUAUCAGAAACAUCUACCACAUGGGUGCAUUUUGUAGGUUUACAGUUACUGUCUGUAGCCCAUCUGUUGCUUGAUUACAUACCUCAGCAACAGUGCUGGAUUGAGUAGUCCACCAACCAGACGGGUGUGUCUAAUAAAUGGUCAGUAAGUCUGCACGGCAUGCAAAAUCCCAGCGCCAUCUUAGUGCCUUGAUGUCAUGGUGUCACUACAGCUGAGAAUGGUCCUCCUCCAUGUGGUCCCUUUCCAUUGAUUGGUGGGGUAGAGGGGGCUGAUCAAUUGUGCAGCAACAAAUGAUCUACAGUCAGUAAUUGUAAACCUACAAAGUGCAUCUGUAUGGUAAAAUGCCCAGUCAUGGUAGGUAGAAGAUGGUGUGCCUAAUAAACUGGUGUAUAAUGUCAUUUAAACUAGGCUACAAAUAAUGUUCCUCAGCUGAGCAAAACGUAAUGAUGAUGGAAGCAGAAACUUAUUAAUAGUGAGUUUCUUAGAAUGAAGACUGGAUUUAAUAAGAGUAAAUAAAAAAGACAAAAGUAAAAUUCUAAUACAUUUUCAUUAUAAGAGACAUUAAAGACUUAUCAGUCCAUUUAUUAUCUACCUUAUCUACCUAUAUUCAGUCAUUUUAUCAGCUACCAUACACUCUCUGGGUGCAGGUGUACAAUAACAGACUGUAGCCCAUGUGCUGCUGCACAAUUUAUCAGUCCCCAUCGCCCUGUCGUUUUAAAAUUAGUAGAAAGCGACCACCAGACCGUAGCUAGGCAGAUAAUAUUUAAGUGGUGGAUCAUUCUCAGCAUGUUAAUGUGUGUUGCUCUGGUAUGAGUGUAUCAGGCACAGCAGUGAACUGUGUACACCUUAUUGCAACAGUUGCUGCAAAUGUUGCUGUGUCAGAUACAUGUACCAGUGAUCUAUACUUGUAUGCAAAAGUUUGAACACCCCUGGUCAAAUGACAUGUCUUGUUAGUUUUCAAGUGAAAACAGGUUAGUGUGUUCUCUGUACAGGAUAUGUUAACUUAUUUUAACUUAGAAAACUGACAAAACAUGCAUUUGGCCAAGGGUUUUCAAACAUUUGCAUACAACUGAACCUGAAGCUUUUGUGGCACACAUCCACGAUCAUUUGUAAGAUGUGGUAUCUAAUAAAUCUGUUUCAUUAUUUAGCAAGAGA